CUGUUAUUUGUUUGUUAUUCAUCUGCUGUUUUUUGUCGCUGGUCAUCAUUCGAUAAUAAGUUUAGUUAUUUGUUUUUAUUUUUUAAUAUGACAUAAAUGUUUAAUCGGUUUUUUUUUGUAAAAAAUACAGUAAUUCUUUCAGAAUGGACAUGGAGAUGACGCUUCACUUUUCCUACCAUGAAACCAUACUUUUCAAAUGGUGGAAAACCUCAUCGAUUUUCGGUAAGUUCUCCAGACCCAAAAAAAUCCAAAUUUCCAACAAAAAAAUUAAGGAAUCGCGGUGGCCAUGUUUGUCACCUUCAUUUUUUGCAUUUUAUACGAGGGUUGUAAAAAGUUACGACUCCACUUGGCUGUUCAACACAAAAAACGAUUGAUUGACGAAUCUUUGGCGAAUCGUGAAAAUUCGGAAUCCGUUGAACUUGAAUCAGAUCUUGCAGAGAACUCAAGAAAAUUCUGGAAUACUCAUCGAGUUAUUCAAGGUUUACUUUUUGGUGUUCAGGUGAGCUAAGCUAUCACGUGGAAACUUCAUAGAUUUCUUUUUUAUUUUAGACUCUCAUCGCUUACACAUUGAUGUUGAUUGCGAUGACCUACAAUUUGAAUUUGAUAAUUGCUUUGGCGAUUGGAGAAGCUGUUGGCUAUUUUAUUUUCACAGGUAGUCCAUUUGUUGAUAAUCAGAUGGCAGAUUGUUGUUAAAAUAAAUUAUUUUCAGUAAAGUUGACAGUAAAAAAAGAAUUGCUAUAAAAAUAAACAAUUUAUAGUUGAGUGUCAUAUUUCUUAAAGUAAACCAUUUUUAUUCCCAUGAUUUUCAGUUUUGUUAUUUUAUCCUUAUGUUUUUCAAUUAUCUCAGGUUCUAUUGAACAAGAGGGUUUGAAACUUGAAUAUUAUACAGAAUAUGAGAAAAACCAAACAAUAAAACUAAAAGAUAUAAUCAAAGAUCCAAUUUUAAGAAAACGGUGGUUUGAGUGAGUUAUAUCUUUUCAAUUAAUAAUAUCAAAUAUAAUUUUGAAGUGGUAUAUCAGAUCAUGUUGUUGUUAGCAUAGAUAAUAUCAAGAAGAGGUAUUAUAACAAUGGUUGGCUUGCAGUCAAAAUGCAAAUUUCAUUAGUGAGUUCUAUAAUUGCAAAGCUGAGAAUUUCUAGAAAGUUUUAGACAUGGGUUAAUAAAAAUUUCAAUUGGCACAAUGCAGAUAUAACUUCACUAAAUAUGAAUAUUGAUCCAAGUUUGUUAGAAUUUAUCGGAAUAAAACUAAAACUAUUUAAGAAUUUGUCAAUAAGUUCUUAUAAAUACUCGCUUACAACAAGUAAUUCUACAAAGAAAUCGUAUUGUUUCGAAAAGAAAAAUGACAAUUCUUCUUUCACAACUCUGCAAAUAGACAUUAUAGAUGAAUUUGAUUGUGAAUCUUCUUUGAACCAAGUGUACUUCCCACAUGAUAUUCGAUAUUGCAAAAUACUUGUUUUUGUUGAUGAUGAGACAUGGAGAAUAACUUUUGAUUCAAAUCUUGACGAAGAUCCCAGGUGCCACGAUAAAAAUACGUUUUUUAUGAAUUAUCGACCUCCACUGUGUGAGAAUACAGAUGAACAUAAUUGUUUAUAUGGAUCAAAAAUAGGGAACAACUUUGGGAGUAUUCGUGUGAAAUAUACAUAUAUAAACAAUGUUUUUCAAUUAUUCUUACUUCCUGCAAUGGUAAACGACGCAUUUUUUAAAUAUUCAUGUAAAUAUUUUUAUAGUUAUCUCUGGCUUUCAAUGUAUCAUCAUUUUUACUUUCCUCCACUAUUGUGUCAUCUUAUAUGCUGAUAAUAACUGUUUUCAUACAAUUUAUGCAUUAUCUACAAAUGCAAAAACUUACCACAAAAAGAAAACACUUGCCUUACAAUGUCAAACUUUACAUAUUUGUAAUGCUUGUUACAGAUGUUUUAUGUUUGGCUCAAUUGGUUUUUCUGAAAAUCUCAAAAGCAACACUUUAUAUACCGAAUACUCAUAAUUGUAUAAUUAAUUUGGAUAAUGUUCCAGAAAAAUGGAAAUUUAAAAGAGGUUGAGUUAUCUUCGACAUUUAAUUUGAAAUGUAUAAUUUUCAGAUCACAGUAUGUUAGUUUUGGUUGUUUGUGAACUUCGCAAAGUUUUUCUUGUAUUCACAAUAAUUAUUGUUAAUAUUUUUAUGAUUUACAUGAUAUUUUUCAUCAACAAUAUAACAGAACAAGACUACAGAACAAAAAGUCCCCCUGAAUAUGAUGAUUAA